AUCGAUUUAAAAAAAAACGAAGAAGAAGAAGCAGCAGCAGUGGCCGCCUGUUGCUUGAUAUAGCAUUUUGAAAGGCUAAUUGAAACUUUGCUGACAACACAAGCCUUUUUAAUUUUUUUAAUCAAAUGUGAAUGCGCAGACAAGUAGGCCGAGAUCCAAGUGGACUUUUGAAGACAUCAAGCUGAGCAUCCUUAAUGGCAGCUGCCAGCUUACAACACCCUGGCUUCCUUCUGGCCAACCUUAAAGCAGAUUCAUCCACCAAGACUCUGCUUCAGCGAUGUCAGGAGCUAGUGAAGAUCAUCGAGGACUAUCCUGCAAAGGAACUGCAUGCCAUUUUCUCAUGGCUGGUGGAGAGCAUCUUUGGAAGUCUGGAUGGCGUCCUCGGAGGAUGGAACCUUCGCCUUCUGCAUUCCCGCUGCACCGAUUUCCCACUUGUCGUGGACUUCCUGAAGCCGAGCGGGGCCAUGAUGAAGCUGGUUUACAAACUUCAAGCAGAAGAAUACAAGUAUGAAGUCCCCGUGAAUUAUCUGCCGGCUCCGGUGAAAGCUUCCAUCCAGGAAGGCGUCCUUCCCGACUGUCCGCUGUUUCACAACCGGCCACACUUCCCCAUGUCUGGCGUGCUGACGCUCAACAUGGCGCUGAAUCCUUUUGAGUUCUUCAUGUUCUACUUUGCAUCCUGUCUCAUCACACCAAAGAACUUCUCCUCGGGUCAGCAUGGCACUACUGACAGCGCCUACUUUGUAUUGGUGGACAUGUACCUCAAUUAUUUCCUGCCCACUGAGGGAAGUGUGCCCCCAUCUCCCUUUUCUGACAACAGGGGCUCGGUCAGCGCACCUCCUCCCAGAUCGUCCAACCUUUCCUUAGCAGGGUAUGGCGUCCACAGCCCCAGUCUGUUGAAGCAUCACAUCUUUCACCAGCCCUCAGUCAACGCAGACCCUGCAGCCCAGGAAAUCUGGAGGUCGGAAACACUGCUGCAGAUGUUUGUGGAAGUGUGGCUCCAUCACUACUCUUUAGAAAUGUAUCAGAAGCUUCAGUCUCCUCAGGUGAAGCUGGCGCUGCUCCAGUACCGCCUCAGUAUGUCCAGCAUGCCGUGCCAACCUCACGUCCCAUCAGGCUCUGGGACCCUCCACACCUACCAAGAACCCUUCAGCCCGACUGAGGAGCACGUGCUGGUGGUGCGUCUCCUGGUCAAACAUCUGCACGCCUUCUCCAACAGCCUGAAGCCCGAGCAGCUGCCCUCCUCCCCCACGACCCACUCGCACGCCCACGCCAGCCCCCUGGAGGAGUUUAAGAGGGUGGUGGUGCAGCGUUUUGUUCAGCAGAAACUUUUCCUUUUUCUGCAACACUGUUUUGGACAUUGGCCUCUGGACGCUUCCUUCCGAGCCGUGCUGGAGACAUGGCUGAGCUUCAUCCAGCCAUGGAGAUACAGUGAAGAGAAGAGCAGCAGCGUUCCAGCAGAAGGCAGCAGGAGCGAGCCUGACAAAUGGGAGUCCUUUGUCCAGGAGAACCUGCUAGUUUAUACCAAGCUCUUCCAGGUCUUCUUGAAUCGAGCCCUUAGGACGGACCUGGUCAAUGCCAAAAAUGCUCUGAUGGUCUUUCGAGUGGCCAAAGUCUUCUCUCAGCCCAGCCUUGCAGAGAUGAUCCAAAAGGCUGAGCAGCUCUUCUUGGAGCCAGAGCUUGUCCUGCACCACCGGCAGCCACGAGGCUUUCUGACGCCAAGUCAAGGAGGCAGCUUCCUGUCAUCACGGCAACGCAUGGUGACGGACGCCGUCUUCCGGGUCAAGAGUCACGUGUACUCCUUGGAAGGCCAGGACUGCCAGUACAAGCAGAUGUUUGGUUCUGAUCUGCGAGUUGUGGUGGUGAAGUUGAUUCAGAUCAUCGCUCAAGCCAGACAAACCGCCAAACGGAUCUCAGACCAGUCAACUGAGGCAGCCGCCAGCAAGUCUUUGCUGGCGUGGUUAACGUCCUCCUCCACGGAGUCCAACAACGUGCUGUUUGGCGCCGAGCUGGAGGAGAGCAACGAGUUUCUGAAGAAGACUCACGAGUUUUUGGACAAAGCGCUGGAGAACUUGUGUUCCAUCUUCAAGCUGAACCAGAGUCAGCUCACUCAGCUCAUCUCCAACGUGACGUCUUGUCAGGAUGACGGAGAGUCCCGACUGCCAGAUUGCAUCGUGGGAGAGGAUGGGCUCGUCCUCACUGACUUGGGGAGGACGCAGAUCAUUAACGGACUGCGCCGGUUUGACAUUCAGUACCAAGGCGACCCGGAGCUGCAGCCAAUCAGGAGCUACGAGAACGCGCUGCUGGUCAGGUUCUUGUACAGGAUGUCGUCUCUGCUCAACCAGAAGUUUGGAGGUCACAUGACCAAACUCUGCUCGCGGCCAGACUUCCUGGGUCGCCUGGGUCGUCACUACCUAACUGAUGUGGGAGCUGCCGCCGCCCCCAUGCGUAGUCCCACCUCGUCACGUCGCUUGGACAGGAUGCGGUGUGCACGUGUGAGCUUGCGUCCUCUGGCCAGCUACAGGACGCUCCUGAUACUGCUGCUCUGCUACACGCUGGGCACCAUCUUCUCCUUUGGACCCGCCUCCAGCACCCUCCUCAUUCUCGCCGCUGCAUUCCUGCACGGCAUGCUCAUGACUGUGUGCGUGGACUACACACGCUAGCGCGUCAUUCCGCUUGUUUUGUAAAUGUUUCUGCAGUUUUCACCUCUAAAAUAUAUUCUUUACAAAAGCU